AAAGCAGAGGAAGUCUGUACAUACAUAUUAUCAUUUCCUUUAUACAGGCGGGUGGAGCCUGGCACUUACUGGCGCACCAUCAAGAAAGAGUUUGCACAGGUCACCGUUUGAUUCAGUGAUAUUUGGCUCAUCAGUCAGCUUACCAUCAAACUCUUCCUUGCUCCACCUGUUUCCUACAAACCCAAGUCAUCCCAAAACCUCCACAAUGAUGCAAAUUAGUAGUGACCCGGCCAGCAACAAGAACUCUCUCAUCAAUGUGAUGCACCGCUUCAUCGCUGCAACCAACAACAUGGAUGAGACCAUCAUGGUACCCAGCCUGUUGCGGGAUGUGCCCCUGGAGGUGCAGGAGAGCCAGCAGGUUGAGGUGGUGGAGAACAACGAGCCUUCCUACCCUAACAAGCAGAAGGACAUGUACGAACACUACCUCCUCCUCAAGUCCAUCAAGAACGACAUGGAGUGGGGCCUGCUGAAGAGGGAGAUGAGCGGUGGGGCCAGCUUCCUGGAAAUGGCUGUCAAGCAAGAGGAGCAGCAGUCGAUAACUGGGGAGCUCCCUGGUGAAGAGAGUGCCGAUCUGGAGGGCCAGUUCCACUACCACCUCAGGGGACUGUUUGGAGUCCUGUCAAAACUCACAGUGCAAGCAGACCACCUCACCAACCGCUACAAGAGGGAAAUCGGAGGUGGUAACUUCAUGAGAUAGGGUCACAUCUGACUGAACUUGGACUGCUUGACUCACAAACACAAAAUGGUGUUAUGGGAGACUUAGUGCAACUGACCAGGGCCUGGUGGACUGACCAGGGCCCGGUUUCCCAGGAGCAUCUUAAGGCUAAGUUCAUUGUUAGAAUCAUAGGAUCCUAUGGUUCUAAUGAUGAACUUAGCCUAAAGAUUAUUUUGGGAAACUGCGCCCUGAGCUACUUGAGGACUUCUUUCAAUCCUGUCUUGAGUAGUGACAUACCACCCCCUCUCCCGUCCCUUGCUUCCCAAAGCUCCACUAAUCAUACAUUUAAACCAAUCUGAUUGACACCUGCACAUGUUCCUGAAUGUGUAAGGUCAUGAUUUCUGAUUCGUUAAACUGUGGAUUGUAAGUUUAUCGGGUUUUGACAUUUCAUGCUUAUUGGCCGUUUACAGAGUUUUUGGUAUCGUAUUUGGAGUCUAGUUGAAUCAUGGCUCUGGUAGAUGAACAAACUUCCUGUAGUCUUCAUUUCAAGUCCAAACAUUCAUUUAUGUGUAUUCACUUGUAUGGAACUGGGUGUCUGUAUGCCAUGUGUUUCGGAAAUGUCUCUAAAAAGGUUUGACUGCAGGAGUAUUUAGAAUGCUGGUUGUUCUGUCCCUCCUUAAAACGUAAAGCACACUUUAGCAUCUGGGCUUGUUUUUAAGGGCCUUUUUUAUUUAAAAAAAAAAGUAAUUAUGUAUUCAUGUCUCCCUGAUGAAACAACAUGCUGUGCCUUGAAUUUUUAACUCAUUCAAGUCCUGCUCUGAUGCCCAUCCUGUCCACCUUGUCUGACUGGUAUAAAAAAUGGCAACCUACCCUUUUUGGAGUGACGGUAUUGUAACGCCACUAUUCCUUUCUAUGUAUUGUCCUUGGCUAUUUCAAUUUUUAUAUUGAGCACAAAUGCAGUACAACUAUUAAAUAAAGACUUAAACUCCUGUU